UGAUUGAAAAUCUUCACAAGUAGCAAUAAAGUCUUCAGAGAUCGCACUUGAAAUCGCGCACAAAUCACACUUAGGGCCAGUUCACACUACAUGCAUUUCAGUGUGUUUUUUCUGCGCACAGAAAUGCAUUCCGGUGCAUAUUUGAUGUGUCUUACCACAUUCCAGUACAGUUCUGGGCAGAAAAAAAUGCAGCCUGUUCUUUUUUUCCUGCAACCGAAACGCACUGGAACUGCAAGCACUGAUGUGAACUAUGACAACCAUAUCACCUACUUUCUGUGCAUUUUGGAUGCAGAAAAAAAGAAACUGAAAUGC